CUCAUUUCGAUGGUAGGAGUUCACAUUUUUGUGCGUGGUUUCGCAUCAAUCUCGCGGCAUCAUCCAUAGGAGACCGUUUCUCUCUCUAUCUCUCUCUCCAUACAACGCCAAAUCUAGGUAGCAUAAGAUGGCAGAAGCCGAGGACAUUCAGCCACUCGUUUGUGAUAAUGGGACUGGAAUGGUUAAGGCGGGAUUUGCUGGAGAUGAUGCUCCACGGGCUGUGUUCCCGAGCAUUGUGGGCCGCCCCCGUCACACUGGUGUGAUGGUUGGCAUGGGUCAAAAAGAUGCAUAUGUUGGAGAUGAGGCUCAAUCCAAGAGAGGUAUUUUGACUCUCAAAUACCCAAUUGAGCAUGGUAUUGUGAGCAAUUGGGAUGACAUGGAGAAGAUAUGGCAUCACACCUUCUACAAUGAGCUUCGCGUUGCCCCAGAAGAGCAUCCUGUUCUCCUUACUGAAGCACCACUUAACCCAAAGGCUAAUCGUGAGAAGAUGACUCAAAUCAUGUUUGAGACUUUCAAUACCCCUGCUAUGUAUGUUGCCAUUCAAGCUGUUCUUUCCCUGUAUGCCAGUGGUCGUACUACUGGUAUUGUGCUGGAUUCUGGUGAUGGAGUCAGCCACACAGUUCCCAUAUAUGAGGGGUAUGCCCUCCCACAUGCCAUCCUUCGUCUUGACUUGGCAGGUCGUGACCUCACUGAUAGCUUGAUGAAAAUCCUCACUGAGCGUGGGUAUUCUUUCACCACCACUGCUGAGCGUGAAAUUGUGAGGGACAUGAAAGAAAAGCUGGCUUACAUUGCCCUCGACUAUGAACAGGAGCUAGAGACUUCCAAGACGAGCUCUUCAGUUGAGAAGAGUUACGAGCUGCCUGAUGGGCAGGUGAUCACCAUUGGUGCUGAGCGUUUCCGAUGCCCUGAGGUCCUCUUCCAGCCUUCAAUGAUUGGAAUGGAAGCAGCAGGAAUCCAUGAGACCACGUACAACUCCAUCAUGAAGUGUGAUGUCGAUAUUAGGAAAGACCUCUAUGGCAACAUUGUACUCAGUGGUGGUUCAACCAUGUUCCCGGGCAUUGCUGAUAGAAUGAGCAAGGAAAUCACUGCGCUAGCCCCAAGCAGCAUGAAGAUCAAGGUGGUGGCACCUCCCGAGAGGAAGUACAGUGUCUGGAUUGGAGGCUCCAUCUUGGCAUCCCUCAGCACCUUCCAGCAGAUGUGGAUUGCAAAGGCAGAGUAUGACGAGUCUGGUCCAUCUAUCGUGCAUAGAAAAUGCUUCUAAUUGUGCAAAAACAACAUUGUUUGAAGAAAAGUAUUUCUAUUACUGGAUCAGGAAGUUACCUUCUUUCGUUCUAGCUAUGUUUUGUAUGUUUGUUAUUGUUAUGUUGGGCUGAUGACCCUGAGAGGGCAAGGAGUUUAUUUCUGGACACAUUUCGAUUCAUUUAUUUUUGUUUAAUGUAGAAGUUUCCAACUAUUUCUGGCCUUUUUAUCUUCCUCGUUUUGGGUAGUGGAGGAUGAUCUGAGAAAUGGCUAAUUUGGCUGCAUGAUGAUGGAUUGUUUUGUUGAUAUAGCAACUUUAGUUGGUGUAGGC